AUGAUCACGUCUUCCCAACCGUAUAAGGACGAAAUAACUGCAACUGGGAUUCUGAAUUCAUCAGCACAAUUAUGGGGGCUUCUUCUUGUGGCCAUAAUGGAUGCAACUGAAGAUACUAAUCAGAAGUUUAGCAUGCGUGUGCCUAAUUGGCUAUUAUUUAUAAUAUUGUGUGCCGGGAUUAGGACGCUCUGGGCGAUUGACCACAAUGUUGGCAAAGGGACGUCCCUGCCGAUGCCGACGCAAGACGAAAAUGACAAUAUUAUUCUGGUUGAUAAUUCUAAAAAUAUUGAUCUAUUUAAUCAUAAAGUAAGAAGACAAUCUACGAUAAGUGAAACAGAUGAUGCAAGAAUAAAAGCAGUACCCAUACGUCAACACUGGCCACCAGAGGAAUAUGAAGAAGAAGAGGUGUAUUUAAUUAAGAAUGCAGACGAGUACAAUGAGUUUCUUGGUAGGAUUGGUAUAAGUUUUAACAAUCAACGAACAUUUCAACAAGUAUUGACUCAUAAGAGCUAUAAACACGGAAACGUUCCCACAAACGAACGAUUGAAAUUUGUUGGUAAAAAGACACUUCAGUUAUAUGGUGCUGAACAUUUGCUGAACAAAGUCCCAUCCAACGAGUUAUCAGAGACAGUGAAGGAAUUAAAAGAUGAGCGCGCGCUGGGAUCUAUUGGAAUAGAACUCGGAUUAAACAAACUCGUUAGAUUCUUACCGAUAAAUCACAUUCGACUGCAAGAAGCCAAGAGACGUGGUCAAUUGAUCGAGCGGUCUGGGGAGACAUCGGUUACAGGGAGUGCGCUCUUGGCUCUUAUUGGGGCGAUAUAUCAUGAGAAAGGUGCUCUUGCAGCAAAAGAAUUUAUUCACUCAUUCAUCUUACCGAAACAUCGCGUUUGUAUGAAACUACGGCGCGAGAAGUGA